AUGGGUGCCAGCUUGCGUCCCCCGUGGCGCCCUGUGCCGCCCGUGCCGCCACCGGGCAACCCGUCCCCAGACGGCCCCACGCCGCCGAAGGGGCCGCAGACCCGCCUUCCGAAGGUCGCGAAGGAUGGCGCCCUGAUCAAACUGGAGGACAUCUGCGUGGGCGAGGAGAGCGGGUGGAGACCCGCCGACUUGGAGAGGGUCAACGAGCUGAAGGAGGUUUUCUUGACUGGGCAGUAUGGGAUAGGGCUGUUGAAGGCCCCGAGUGUGAUUCAGCAGGACGGGCAAGCGAAGACGGGGAGCGACGGGCGCCAGCUCCUCUCGGACGGCAAGAGCACGAUUCUGGCGAUGACGGCCGUGAAAGCCAUUCACGCCAGCGGGGAAGGCGCCAACUACGAGUGGAGCGGUGCUCUCCUCGAUGCUUUCGAGAAUGGCAUCAAGGUGAGUGUGUUGGAAUACCCGGAGGACGAUCACGACCUAGUGGUCGCGCACAAUGCCCUGACGCACGACACGGAUUCGAAUCGGUACAGGAGCACCACGGUGAAGGACAUGGCGGACGUGGCGAACAGAUUCCGCAACAAGGUCCCGGGGGGGGAUUGGAACGCGGCUCAGGAGAGCCUCUUGCAGGUGUACGGGAAGAGCAAGCGCGCGUUCGUGUGGCGCAUGGUCUGCGUCGCUCAGACUAUGAAACCGCCCGUUCUCCAGAAAGUAGUGGAUGUUCGCAUGCCGAACAAUUGCGUCUGGGACAACCCGUACUUCACGGGGCACGGGGCGCAGGCCGACAAGCGGCUCUCGGAAGCGGCGAUGCUCGCCGUUCUCACCUGGUACGAGGACGACACCGUUGGCCAGAAGGGCAUGUCGAGCAAAGUGUUCGAGCAGGAAUACUGCGCCGUCUUCAGGCAGUGCGAGCGCUGGUUCAGGACGGUGAAGAAGGAGUUCGGCAAGCACUUCGAACAUCCAGGGGUCGCCCGCACGCGCGAGUUCCUCUUCUCCGGGCGCGUCAGGGUGGCGGCGCUCGGGUGCAUCCGCGCCGCGGUGAGGUUGGAGGGCGCGUCGGAGGAGAAGCCGGGCAUCCCGCAGUGCCGCGCGCUGUGGGCGGAGCUGGAGGCGCUGAAGAAGGGCCCGGAGACUGCGCCGAAGGCCGGAGCGCCAGCUGCUCACGCCGCGGCCGGCGACGCGGCGGCUAGCCAGGGCCCCGCGGGCGCCGACGACGCGGACGCGGACGCCGACGCGGGCGCGGCCUCCAUCGGGGUCGGGAUGGAGGUCGAGGAGGAUCGGGACCCCGCAGAGGAGGCCGCGUCCAUCCUGGCGGGGGCCUUUCUCGACGCCGUGCACGUCUACGAGAAUGAGCAGGCCAUGAAGGAGAAUCUGCGGAACCUCGUCGGCCCCUCGUCCAAGAUCGUAGUCCUGGUAGAUGCUUGCACCAGCAAGGCGAAAAUCCCUUUGGCGUUGCUUGAGCAAGUCGCCUCCGUGGUGAAGGAUGUGCCGACCACGAAGAUCAGAGUGUUGACGACAGCCGCAGGGAGGCUCGAGCUCCUGGUCGCCUGCUCGAAUAAAGCCGCCGCGAUUUUCCCCGAGGGCAACCAAUUCACAGUUCAGCUGGUCCGCAGCUCCCGGCAGACCGGCUCGGGGCGAGGCGCCAAACGGCCGCAGCACGUGCAGUUGCUGAUGCUGGGGUCGCCGGCGCAGCCCACCGCCCCAUGCCAGCUGGACGUAUCUCGGUGCUUGGCCAAGGCGGCCGAGUGCUGUCACAUGCGCUGCCGGGACGAGACCUGCCCCCUGCGCUCCGUGGAGGAGCAGGCUGCCCUCGCGGCGCUGGUCGCCGCCAAGGACCCGCGCGCGUCCGACCCCAGCCGGGAGAUUCCCGAGGACGACAAGGCGGGUGACGCAGAGGACGCCGAGGUGGCGGACGACGAGGGCGGGG